AUGGCCGAUUCAACCGUACCGUCAAACGAAGCUGCCAACCCGGUAGUCUUCUUUGAUGUCGCUCUUGCAGGAGAGGCACUCGGUCGAGUCAAAAUGGAGCUCUUUGCCAGUGUCACACCACGUACCGCAGAGAAUUUCCGUCAGUUCUGCACGGGGGAGAGCAAGAACCCCAAGGGACAACCCCAAGGCUACAAGGGGAGCAAAUUUCAUCGGGUUAUCAAAGAUUUCAUGAUCCAAGGCGGCGAUUUUGUCAAUGGGGAUGGGACAGGAAGCUGCACUAUCUUCGGCACCCCAAAGUUUGCCGAUGAAAAUUUCACACUUAAGCAUGACCGACCGGGCUUGCUCAGCAUGGCCAACUCAGGCCCGGACACCAAUGGCUGCCAAUUCUUCAUAACAACCACAGCCACUCCAUUUUUGAACAAUAAACAUGUGGUCUUUGGUCAAGUUAUCGACGGAAUGGAUGUGGUCCGCAUGGUUGAGCACACUCGAACAACGAGGGACAAACCGAACCAAGAUGUCUCGAUUGUGCAGUGCGGGGAAAUGUAA